AUGUUCUACGGCUCCUCUGCCAGCAGCAUGUCUCUGCCCUCCAAGAGCAAGCUGAAGAGACAGAGCCGCACGUUCACCCAAGUGCUGUACCGCACCCUGAGCUACAGGGACCGCCGCUCCGUCACGGACCUCCCGGAGCAGGUGACGGACGACCCGGCGGAGCUCUCCACCCAGACCUCCGCCCCCGGGGUGCUGAAGAUCUUCGGGGAUGAGAUCUGCGCGGGGGCCAACUACAAGAGCGUGCUGGCGACGCCUCGCUCCAGCGCCCAGGAGCUCAUCAAGGAGGCCCUGGAGCGCUACUCCCUCAACAAGACGGCCGCCGCCGGCUUCGUGCUCUGCGACGUCAUUGGUAAGUUCGAGGGGCCCGAGAAGCACUGGCGGACUGAGUGCCUGAGGGCCCUGGGGGACAACGAGAAGCCGCUCCUGCUGCAGGACCUGUGGAAGCCCAAGGAGGGCUUCGCGCGACGCUUCGAGCUCCGGAGGAGGGCGGAGGUGGAGGAGCUGGCUGCCAAGGAGAAGGACACGGUCACCGCCGGAGUCCACAAAAACUCCCACAUCCUAGCACCUCCUAUGGGUAGAGCUGGGUAUAUUAAAGCGCGAAGUUCGCCCCACGGCCCGCGCUCGGUAAAGCCCUCCACUGCUAGUAUUAAAGACAUCAACGCUCAGGCCAGGAAGCUGCAGCGGAACCGGGCCAAGGGGACCAUGACCCUGAGCCACGGGUCCACCUUCUGCCGCAGCCUGAGCGAGACCAGCCUCAACCUGGUGGGCGGCCCCGGGGAUGAGCCCAAGAGGUACUACUCCACCCUGCCCGGGCCCCUGAGGGGCCGGAGUGGCCGGGAUGGGCUGCAGGGGGGGCACAGGAAGGAGGAGAGAGAGAGCGGGGGAGUGCGCCAUUCACUCUACCAGUCCCCACACCUCCUGCUGCUCCAAGGAUACAAUCGACAGGACUGCUUGGUGUACCUGCUGAACCGGGACCAGCACACGGUGGGGCAGGAGACGGCCUCGGCGCGGCCCAACAUCUGCCUGUCGUCCCCAGACAUCCUCCCGCUGCACUGCAAGAUAAAGAAGGUGCAGGUGACGCGGCGUUCGGGCUCCGCCGUGGAGGAGAGGCUGGCGGUGGAGCCCGUGCCGCAGGCCGGCGUGCUGGUCAACUUCUCCCGCGCGGAGCGCACCACGCAGCUGCGCCACGGGGACCUGCUCUCCUUCGGAGCGCACUACAUCUUCCUCUACAAGGACCCCCUCAGCUCCAAGCCCCUGCCCGCGCAGACCCUGGCCCGCCUGCGGACGCUCGGCCAGCUGCACGAGGGCGAGGCCGAGGGGCCCGGCGGGCAGGCCUGCCGAAUGUGCGGCUCCCUGAUCAGGGACAGGGUCCCGGGACGCAGGGACGUCCGCAGCGCCAAAUCCCACCUGGUGAAGACCCGCAGCCUGCAGAAGAGGAAGCUGCAGCUGGACUUCGAGAAAGGCCACGAGGACGAGCUGAUCGGCAGAAUUAUGUCCCUCAUUGAGCCAGGUGGGGAUGACCACAAGCUGACCCCGGCCUUCCUCCUCUGCCUGUGCGUCAAGCACUCGGCCACGGCCUUUGAGCCGGGGAGCUUUGGGAAGCUCCUCCUAAAGAUUGGGAAAAGGAUACAGUCUAUAGCUUGGGACAAGACAAAGGAAUUGGCUCUGAAGCAAGCUCAGCACCAGGAUCCUGCCUCCCUCUCUCUGCUCAGCAUCUCAGACCUGGUCCCUGACCUACAGCUCAUCUUCUUCUGGAUGUCCAACGCCAUCGAGAUUCUCUACUUCAUCCAGCAGAAGUCCCCCACCUACAUGCAGAGCAUUGAAAAGCUGGAUUCUAAAGGCUCAAAGGAAUCUUUGCUCUCUGCUACAAUAUCAGCCAAUGAAGAGGCUAUGACAGUCCUGGAGGAAGUGAUCAUGUACACAUUUCAGCAGUGUGUCUACUACAUAACGAAGUCUCUGUAUGUGGUUCUUCCCGGGCUGCUGGACUGCAACCCUUUCCAGGGGGAGAACAACGAGCCCUGCUGGAGGGGGGCUGGGCCGCUUCCGGAGCCGGUCCGGAAGGUUCUGCAGGUGUUCCAGACCACACAGGACCUGCUGCAGCAGUACGAGGUCCACCAGGAGAUUCAGUCCCAGAUGUUUGCGUAUCUCUUCUUCUUCUCCAAUGUCUCACUCUUCAACCAGCUGCUGGAUAAAGGUCCUGCAAGAGGCUGGUUCCAGCGUUCUCGAGCGGUUCAGAUUCAGACCUGCUUACGGAUGGUGCUGGACUGGGCAGGGAAGAUGGGCCUGACUCAUCUGGCUGAAAAGUUCUUUGCCAAACUCUGUAGCACCAUUCGCAUCCUGGCCACCCCCACCCAGCAGCUGGUGCAGAUAAGCUGGAGGGCCCUGUCUGUAGAGCACUCCGCCCUCAGGCCAGUGCAGCUGCAGCGCAUUCUGUCGCAGUAUCAGCUGGCUGCGGAGCUGGGGCCCGUGGCCCUGUGGCAGCCCAGCUCUGAGGAGGAGGCCCUGAUCUAUAGAACAGUGGACCUGCUGGAGAGCUUUGAGAACCACCCACCCAUCGUGCUGCCCAGCAAUGGCUUCAAGGUGGACCUGGAGUCUGACACCGUGGAUGACAACAUCUACAGGCAGCUGCUCUACGUCCGCCAUUUCCUGUGGGGCCUGAGGACCAGGUCGCCUGCCACCAAUGGCAGCGCAGACUGGCAGGAGCUUCAGAGGGAGCCCGCGCCCCACAGCAGCCCGCGUGCGGUGGCCCCUCAGGGGGAGGGUGAGGCGGAGGGCCGGGUGUCGCUGGCGGAGGGCAGGGUAUCGCUGGCGGAGGGCCGGGUGUCGCUGGCGGAGGGCCGGGUGUCGGUGGUGUCCAGCCUCAGCACGGCCUCGCGGGACACGCACGGCCCCGAGGAGCGGCUGAGGGAGAAGCUCCACAACAGCCUGCGCCGAAACUGCCCCCCGCGUCCCAGCGCACAGCCUCUGGACCCCUCCUGCCUGCUCACACCCCCCAACACCCCGCUCUACCCCGAAACCGGCCCGCCGGACCACCACCAGCUCAACGGCUGCGGCAGGACCCCUCCUGACCUCAAGAAGAUCAACGGCUUCAUUUCCAACGGAAUGGAAGGCAGCAUGAGUGGGUCAGGCUUCCCCUUCCCAGUCCCCUCCACUAACGGCUCAGCCGCUGACCAUUUCUGUUCCGUAUUUGUAGUGGAGCUGGACAAGGGGCCCUUCGGACUGGGAAUGGGCCUCAUCGACGGACUGCACACCCCGCUCAACACUCCCGGGAUCUACAUCCGGACCCUGAUCCCAGACGGGCCGGCCGCGUCCGACGGGAGGCUCCGGAUCGGGGACAGGAUCCUGGCUGUGAACGGGACCAGCCUCAUCGGAGCAGACUACCAGAGUGCGGUCGACCUGAUCCGGCUGGGCGGCGGGCGGCUGAGGUUCCUGGUGGCCAAGUCGGACCUGGAGAUCUCUGAGAAGAUCAGCGCCUCGUCCUGCUGAGGGCCGCUGGAGGAUGGGGCGCCCCGCUCGCCCGGGGGACCGAGACAGAGAGCGGUCCAGCCGACCGCACAGGCAGUCACGCCUCACUACCUUAAACAGAGCGACCGCUGACACACGUUUGAGUGCAGCGCUCGCGACCUCUAUGAAACUAGCCUCAAGGUCGUCCUUGCAGCUUACCUUCUAACCUCCACAUCAGACUGGUCACCAAGGUUAAAGAAUAUUUAUACUAAAACAGGUGCUGCACAAGACUGACGAGGAGACUUUUUAAUCUGUUUAAUAUCCCUUUUCACUAGCGUCAGCCAUUUAAAAACAUCUAUGUUAAGGACAUGUCGAAACCCUGACUGCAUGAGAUUUCUGUAAAAAGCAACAAAAGAAUAAAACAAUGUGUUCUCAUAUUUGCCCCAUAACGUUCAAGCAAUUAACAACUCAGGAAUGUAACAUGAUUUACCUUAAGCCUGGGGAAAGAAGCGGUGAUCAUCUCAGUAAGACGGGUUAACCUUCAGCCAGCUAAAAGAAAUCGACUGAGGCUCUUACAGAUUGUACUGCACACAACAUGUCUGUAUGCUGACAAGUACAUAAGUACAUAUGCACCAUUAUUACAUUCUGUGGUUGAAAAUGCUGCAGUACACUCUUAACAAUUUGUUAUUUAAGGUAACCUCCCCCGCCCCCAACUGGUGUUAAGCACAUUUCUGAUGUUACAUGGAGAUGUAGGUUUACCAGCGUAACAUUGUAAACUACCUUCCAGGUAUAAGAUAUGCUGCAUGGGAACUGACGUGCGUCGGUCUCUCUGAAAGGGCCUAACAGCAGUCCCGGUCCUCUAUAUCUUCAGAUGCAGCUGUUUUUGUUCCUUCAGUACUCUGUUAUCUUAUUAUUAGUGUGUUUACAUUUGCUUUAAUGAAUGUAUUCCUUAUUAACCAUUCAGAGAUUUGAUGAAAAAGGAACAAAAGAGAUGUUUGUACACGUGUUCACCAUUGAUUAUGUAUAGACGUAUGUAUGUGUAAUCAAUGCAUAUAUUGGGAUAUGUACUUAAGUGCAGAUAAGCUUACAGUAUUUGGGGAAACUAAAGUCUGAUUGGUAAAUCUUUUUUUAAUUGUUCUAUUGAGGAAUAUCAUUUAAACUUGAGAUUCAGCUUUAUAAUAAAGCAACAUUUGUUAUAUAACCUGCAUAUAAUGACAUUAUA